UAAACCCCCAUAUAUAAAUUAUUAUUCCAAAAUGCUUAAAUGAAUUUCUGAGUUAGUGUAUCAUCACCACUAUACGCUAUAGUUCUGUAUAUAUAUAUAUGCAAUCUGAUCGAUAAUUGUACUUACUGUGUAUAGCAGCAGCACCAAAUGAAUUCGUUAGGUUUACAAACAUAUGUAGAAUUAUUUCAUUUUCCAUCAUUAGCUCAAUCAAAUGUUUUCAAUUUAACUUAUAUGAAAUCUGAUCAUGUGAUGAAACGAUUAAAACAUAAUCGUAAAACAUAUGAUAUAUUGGUUGCCUUCUUUCGUCCAGUAAGCGAUCCAAUAGCCAGUAAAUAUGCUUUCAGUAUACAUCAUUUCGAUGUGGAAGACAGAAUUAUUCAACCAAUAACGAAAACUAUUGAUUUCGCUUAUUUACCAGGUGCUUCAGAUAUAGUUUGUAUAAAUGCAUUACAUGAUGAACUAACUGAUGAAUAUUUUGUUGCAAUUGGUUUUGUAAAGGAAGGUGAAAAAGGAUAUCUUAAUAUAUAUAGAUCAAAAUCAGAAGAAAAAUUACCUGAGAAUUGUUUGAGUUAUUCCAAAUUACCAUGUGCACCACUUCAUUUAACUCAUGCAUAUUGUCUCGUUAAAGACGAACACCAAUGGGCAUUCUUUCUAUCCUAUGGUGAACCUUUUAGCGAUAAUCUAAAUGAGAACAAAACUUCAAAUCAACCACAAGUUAGAAUAUUCUCUAAACUAAUUGAUAUUAAUAUUUUUGAACAAGUUGAAACGAAUGAAGAUCCGAAGCCGUCCGAAUUAAAUCAAUCACAAACUAGUCAUUCUACUACAGCUUAUGGUGAAUUAUCAUUUAACACCGCUAUGGUACUUUUCCCAGAGUUAACAAAAUUACCAACAACAUCAAUUUUCCUACAUAUGGAUUUUAAAAUCAUUAAUAAUCUACGUCUUUCAGCUUUUGGUUCACAAGAUGGAUGGUUUGGUUUAUUCGUUGUAGAUAUGCAAUCUCGUACAACUAUACGCCAUUUCAAUUUAUCUCAUGAAUCACCAAUCACAUGUAUCAAAAUAUUUCAGCAAUUCAGUGGAUUAAAUUUGGCUUCACAAGAUGUAAUCAAAAAUGACGAAGAUGUAUCUAUUCUUAAGAAAGAUGUCAACUGUUUGGUGUGUUCCGCUUUUGAACCAACUGUUGUGUAUUGCAAUCUAUUCAAAAAUAAUGGUUUCAAUGUCGCAAAUCAAUUAAUUUUACCAUUUAGUACAGAUUUUGAUCAUGUCAAUUGUGCUUCAGUGGAUGAUUUUAAUUUAGAUGGUAGCAAUGAAAUUCUACUUGGAACAUUUGGUCAACGAUUAUUAUAUUAUGAAUGGGAAUCGAGUAGUAGUAGUAGUAAUACAGAGAAUAUAAAGAAUGGACAAUACAUAUUAAAAGCUCAACGUUCACUUCCUGGUCCAGUAUUUUGUAUAUCACCUGCAUUAGAUUUAAUCGGUGAAGGUUCUUUAUCAUUAGCUAUUCUAACUAGUCGUGGACUACAUAUAUUUCAACAUGAUACAAAUUGUUUAAUUAAAGAAAUUCAUCAUAGAUUAGAUAAUCACUUGAUCAGUGUCAAUAAAUGA